AUGAACAACUCAGCGGAAGCAACUAGCAAACCUUCCCUUGAGGAGGCAUGUAACGAGCCAACUCAACGCGACUUCAUCCUGCAAACGGCUUUCCUCAUAUUUAUAAUGUUAUUGACAUUUUUUGGAAACUUCAUGGUUUGCCUUAUUGUGUACCUUAAUCGGCGGCUUCGCUCAGUAACCAACUACUUCAUCGUGUCUCUGGCCGUGUCGGACCUGUUGAUUUCCUUGCUGUCUUUGCCUUUUCGGAUCAGACAGACUCUGCAGAACGGUGUCUGGUGCCUCGGCCACGAGAUCUGUUUGACCUGGAUAAUAACAGAUCUCAUCUGCAGCUGUGCGUCCAUUUGUAAUCUGGCGGCGAUCUCCGUGGAUCGCUACAUCGCUAUUGUCCACCCAUUCCGUUAUCACACACUGAUGACUACCACAGUGGCGUGGGUAAUAAUUGGAAUUGUGUGGACGUACUCAAUAACUUGGGCGGCGCUCUCCUCGUUUAACUGGACCGAGAAAGGUGCACCUCAUUUCUUUACAGUGGGCGUCUGCAAGAAAACUGACAAAAUAUUUUACACUGUUGUUACUGCCAUGGACUUUUUUCUGCCUCUUCUCAUUGUCCUUGUCAUGUAUGGGCUUGUCUUUCGUGUGGCAAUGAAUCAAGCUCGAGCAGUGGCAUCGCUGCAGCCACAGACUGCCAGUUCAAAAGCUGAUGGCCGUAGCAGGAGAUUUUCCAUAAAUAUUGUCAGAGAAGUAAAGGCUGCAAAAACCUUGGCCAUUGUCAUUGGAGCUUUCAUCAUCUGCUGGUUUCCUUUUUUCACAUUUCUGAUGGUAAGCUUGUGGAAUAUACGGCUGCUUCAACCUCCACAACUCUCCGAACAAGCCAUCAAAGGUUUGCGCGGUACCUUUUUGUAUGUUUUGCCAGCAAUUAACAGCACCUUGAACCCUAUCAUUUACGCCUUGUUUAACAGGGAUUUCAGAGCUGCCUUCAUUCGAUUGUUCCAAAGAACUUGUGGUUGUCAAUGUACCAGCAACUCAGCAAAUAACAACGAUUCGUUUCAGCAUAGUAUGGCUACAGUUACAACAAAUGGAAGUCCUAAAAGCCCGAAAAGCCCGAAAAGUCCGAAAAACAAGAAGAAUGGACACGUAAAGAAGACAAAAUUUGCAGAAGUGUAUGGUGAGCGCGAUUUUGCGAGUUCAAACGAACCGAAGCAGGUUUAA